CCGAUCUCGAGUUCCGAAUAACUCUGCGUCACUGAACUUGUUGUCAAUCGCAAUCACUCUACAAAAUGGCUUCUGUUAUGGCUAUAGGUGCUGGUGCUGCCGUCGCGGCCUUUUUGGGCCGGGCUGGACUUGUCGCAUGGAGGCGAUCUCGAGGCGGCGUUGGAGCCAUGGGCAAGGCCUUCUACAAGGGCGGUUUUGAGCCCAAGAUGACCAAGAAGGAGGCUACUCUGAUCCUGUCUCUCAACGAGCGAGCUGUCACCAAGGACAAGGUCCGAAAGGCUCACCGAACUCUCAUGCUUCUCAACCAUCCCGAUCGAGGUGGCAGCCCCUACCUUGCGACCAAAGUCAACGAGGCCAAGGAGUUCUUGGACAAGAACAGUUAAUUACGAUCAUGAAAAUUACUCCCCCAAGUUCGGUAUUCGAUUCACGAACCAGUCGCCGAAGCUGUUAUCAGAAUCAUCAAUGGCUGGGUCUAAGCGUGGGCGUCUUGCCGCGUGUGUAUAUUGUACACUACUUGUUUCCAUAGCGAUGGCGUUUGUUGGGUUUAGAGGAAGCUCUUUGGAGCAAGGUGAAGGUAUAUGCCUUUGUUAAAAGCUAUCAAGGCUCGACGCUGUAUGAAUAAAGGGUCCUAAAGACCCGUUCUCUUCUCACCCCUGUUUUUGUUUGUUCUGAUGUUACUUUACAUCUGUCUCGAAAUAUCAUCUACCCUCUUUCAGGUCCCAUUUCGUUCUGGGAAUUGCCAACUUGCUCACCUGGAGCAUUUUCGGGAUGCAUGUCUUCCAUCACUCCGAGUUUCGAAAACAUCCUUCAGUCAACCUUGUUGAGCAUCUUAUUGCUCAACUCUUCUUCCUUCCGAAAGUCUUCCAGUGCAAUACCAAGCAUGGCACAAAGUGUGUAGUGCGCGUCGUUUCCUGCAUUGUGCAGGUGCUUAUGGGCGAUAUCAAGAUCGUUCAGUACGGCCCCGAGACUUCGUCCAUUGGUUGAACCACGCCAGGCUUGGUGAAUGUCCUGAGUGUCCACCGGUUCUGCCAGCCCCCCGAGGAAUCUUAGGUCUAAGCCCAAUUCAGUGAAGUAGGCGAUGUCCUGUUUCACAUCAUGUCCAACGAUGACGAUGUUUCGUUGAUCGUUAAGCCAAGGGUUGAAAAUUUCCAUGAUGGAGUCUGCAACUGUUGCAUUUGUUGGGAAUAUGCUCGUCCUGUGUUACAGUUAGUAGCUUGUUGGAGUCUAAAGACGACGUCCUUACCCAAAGUCAAAAUCGUCAGGGCAUCCCUUGACGAACUGGUAGUUUCGCAAACCAGCAAACUCAUAGACUCGAAGAUGGUGAGUCUUGAUUAGGGGCCACCAGCCACGGCCGACAAUCUUAGGAUCGACGCCUUCGGUGUCUCGUGUGUCGAGGAUAGCGAUACCAAUUUCAGAGACGGGGUUGGGUUUUCUUUCAAUGGCCUCAACAUCGACGCAAAUGAAAACAACGUCAUAGCCAUCGGGAUCUCCUAGAAGACCAAGACAUCUCUGGGUGUUGCGAAGCAUUCGCUCUCGGUGGCUCUUCUUUCUUGCUGCCUUGUCAGGAUCUGACCUGUUUCUGGGUGGAAACCCAGAUUUGACAAUUCGAAACUUUGCUUUCCAGGCCAGUUGCUGUUUUGGAGUGGCCGCCUUGAAGCCUUUGAUGUCAUCUUGGUCAAUAGCGGGCCAUGGCCGAGCAUCUAGAGAUGUCUCUUCCUCCGAUCGUUUCAAGUAUCGAGGGCGUGGGGUACCAUGUUCGCCGAAUUUGAGGUAGAACUUUUCCAUGUUCACUCCGGGGGGGAUCUUGAGUGAAGUGUCGAGCUCGAGGUUGAUUUCUUCAAGGAAGACUUCGAACUGAGCUGUUGGAAUCAAAAGGUAGGGGUCUCUAGCCGGCUCCUCUGGAUUAUGAAGAUAGAAGCUUGUCAAGUUAGCACUAUACAUAGCAUUGAUCAGAUUGACCUACAAGUCCCAGGUUUUCUCGAAGAGGAUUCUGGUGAAAAAUGGCUUUGUCUGUAGAAUGGUGAGCUUGCGGGG